AACACAAGCUCUCUGGGCUCGGACCUAGGUCGCGGCGGCAUGGCCAAAUGUACCAAGAAAGUCGGGAUCGUCGGUAAAUACGGGACCCGCUAUGGGGCCUCCCUCCGGAAAAUGGUGAAGAAAUUUGAAAUCAGCCAGCACGCCAAGUACACUUGCUCUUUCUGUGGCAAAACCAAAAUGAAGAGACGAGCUGUGGGGAUCUGGCACUGUGGUUCCUGCAUGAAGACAGUGGCUGGCUGUGCCUGGACGUACAAUACCACUUCCGCUGUCACGGUAAAGUCCGCCAUCAGAAGACUGAAGGAGUUGAAAGACCAGUAGACGCUCCUCUACUCUUUGAGACGUCACUGGCCUAUAAUAAAUGGGUUAAUUUAUGUAAAAAAAAAAAAUAAUAAAAAUAAAUAAAAAAAUAAAAACACAAAAA